AUGAAGAGUAAAAUACACUUACGUAAUCAAAAGGGAAAGGUUCUGUUGCACGUGAUCACUAUAAUGCUGUAUCUGUUCUUUCACAAAUAUAUGCUUCUGCUCCAGAAAGUAUCAAGAAUGUCACUACUGGAGAUCAAAACAAGUGGGUCGGUAAGUUCAGAUAAAAACCAUACCUCUAUUCGAACAAUAUGGAGCUAUUCGCAUAAAAUGUCACUGGACACGUAUCACGAUGCUCCAAAGUCUUAUAUACCCUACAAUUGCCUAUGCCUUUUGCUGACUUAUUUCAUAGCGAAAUUUAUUAGACUCGUUACUGAGAGUUACCUAUCAUCACAAUCCGAAUAUUUAAGCGACUCAUUGCUUCUGUUUCUACAACAUUUGAAUACGAGUGACAGGUAUCGCCAAUUAAAGAAUGUAUACCUUUAUACGACGACCUCACUCUUCGUGGUGCCAGGGUGUAUCAGAGCGUAG